CCAAAACCAACUACAGGGUCAUGAUUACCAUUUGACAAGCAAGGUUCAACACAGCGGCCAAAAUCUCCAAAUGAUGGAUGGACCAUUAAAUCCCGGCUCGCAUGCGAUGCCUAUUGUCAAUGGUGCUCCCAUUAGCCCCUCCACUGGGAAUUGGGUUGUGCAGAAGUUUGGCGGUACUAGUGUCGGAAAGUUUGCCUUCAACAUUAUUGACCAAGUUGUCAUACCCAGUUUAUCUGAGCACAAUGUGGCCGUCGUAUGUUCUGCAAGAAGCAGUUCUACCAAAGCCGAAGGCACUACAAAUCGGUUACUCCGAGCGGCGCGGGACGCAGAGAAUACACAAUCGCAUUAUAUCUCCUUCGUUGAAGCCGUUCGCGGGGAACACAUCGAAGUGGUCGAAACCCAGGUUCAGUCUCAAGAGAUCAGAAGUCGGUUGGUCGCGGAGAUCAAUGGAGACUGUGACAGAGUCCUAAAAGUUUUAGAGGCUGCUCAGACCCUUGGAGAAAUCAGUGCGCGCUGUGUGGAUAAAGUGAUCAGCACAGGGGAGAAGCUGAGUUGCCGGCUCAUGGCUGCCUUUUUACAAGAUCGUGGAGUAGAUUCGCAGUUUGUGGACUUGACCGAGAUUAUCGAUUUCCCCAUCUCAAGUCAAGGCCUGGACCAAAGCUUCUAUGACCAUCUGUCCAAUUCUCUCGCCAGGGAAGUCCGGGCCUGUCACGGCAAGGUUCCUGUCGUGACUGGUUAUUUUGGAACUGUGCCUGGCGGCCUUCUCGACAAAAUUGGGCGUGGCUAUACGGAUCUUUGUGCUGCACUGGUUGCGGUCGGGGUCCGUGCCAAAGAACUACAAGUGUGGAAGGAGGUUGAUGGGAUUUUCACUGCGGAUCCGCGAAAGGUGCCUACGGCACGCCUUCUACCUGCAAUCACUCCCUCCGAGGCCGCAGAGUUGACGUUUUAUGGUUCCGAAGUCAUCCACCCUUUCACCAUGGAGCAGGUCAUUCGCGCCAGGAUCCCCAUCCGCAUCAAAAAUGUCAUGAACCCAAAGGGAGAUGGCACAGUGAUAUACCCGGAUUCCCCCGAUGAACUUGAGAAAACCACUCCGGGCCACGAUCCACGAUUGUUCCGUACCCGAAGCCCCAGCUUCAUGCAAAGACCGAAGCGCCCCACCGCUGUAACGAUCAAGCACAAGAUCUUGGUGAUUAAUGUGCACUCAAAUAAACGCUCCUUGUCACACGGGUUUUUUGCUGGUAUAUUCUCCGUGCUUGACCGCUGGAGACUCUCGAUCGAUCUUAUCUCUACGAGCGAGGUACAUAUUUCAAUGGCGCUUCACUCGGAAGUCCCUCUCUUAAACGGGACCGGCAGAGACGAUGUGGUGAUCAUCGAUGAUGAUCUUAAGGGGGCCUUACACGACCUCCAGAGAUACGGCACCGUUGACAUCAUCCCGAAUAUGGCCAUCCUCAGCCUUGUUGGAAAGCAAAUGAAGAAUAUGAUCGGAGUCGCCGGGAGAAUGUUCUCGACUCUCGGUGAAAGCAACGUUAAUAUAGAAAUGAUCUCUCAAGGCGCGAGUGAGAUCAACAUAUCAUGUGUCAUCGAAGAGAGAGACGCAGACCGCGCAUUAAAUAUAAUACACACGAACAUGUUCACUUUCUUAGAUUAAAGGCAUGUCGUUUUCUUUUGCUAGCCUUUCGUUUCCUGCAUUCGACACCACACCCUUUAUUGGCAUGCACCCUCAGCUUUAUAGAAUUAGCGAAACCUUGAUCAUAUCCUACCAUAUCCGAGCCAAAUUCAUGUCAUGUCAGAGAUGUUAGUGUUGGGAUCUUUGCUCUGUGAGCGCAUCAACCUUCAGUUUUGUUAUACGAUGGGGUUGGAAACGGCACUCGCUGUCUGCUUAUCUUCUUUCGAUAUUGGUGCCCCCCACAUAUUCCGGGUAUUCUGCGAGCCCCCUCAUCGGGGUGCCUGUGAAUGCACCAUUUUCACAUUGUUACGUUUCCAUUACAAGGCGUUUUCGAGUUCAAAACAGACACGGUAGGGGCUCAGAAUAG